GGCCCCGUCACCUGGCAACCUGGUGGCAGCGUCCCUGGAGCCCAGUCCACACAGCUGCACCCAGCCCUGCCCAGCUCCUCCCAGGCCUGCAGGACCCCUGGGACCCUGUCCUUAUUCCCCACCACUAGGACAGCCAAAGCUCUGGUCACAAUGAACAUCGUCUUCUCCAGGGACAGCCAGGUGAGGGGGAUGGACAAUACCGUGGCCAACACCAAGAAGUACUUCGGGCAGUUCUGCUCACUGCUGGCCGCCUACACGCGCAAGACGGCCCGGCUGCGGGACAAGGCAGACCAGCUGGUCAAGCAGCUCAUCGACUUUGCCAACUCCGAGAACCCCGAGCUGCGGGCCACCAUGAGGGGCUUCGCCGAGGACCUGGCCAAAGUGCAGGAUUACCGGCAGGCCCAGGUCGAGAGGCUGGAGACCAAGGUGGUCAACCCCCUGAAGCUAUACGGGGCACAGAUCAAGCAGACGCGGGCUGAGAUCAAGAAAUUCAAACGUGUCCAAAAUCGUGAGAUCAAACAACUGGAAAAGCUGGAGAAACUGAGGCAGAAGUCACCCUGGGAUCGGCAAAUGAUCGCAUCCUUCCCUGGAAACCAGGCGGAGACCAGAGUGCAGAGGGCCGCCAUGGACUCCAGCCGCACCACCCUCCAGCUGGAGGAGACAGUGGAUGCCUUCCAGAGGCAGAAGCUGAAGGACCUGCAGACAUUUUUUUCUAAUUUUGUGACUAUUGAGAUGGUUUUCCAUGCCAAAGCGUUGGAGGUGUAUUCUAGUGCCUUCCAGACCCUGGAGAAGUAUGACCUGGAGAGGGAUCUACAGGAUUUUAGAGCCAGGAUGCAAGGAGUUUAUGGGCAUUACAAUACUCAGCCGCUUGCCAACACCAACCCCUCUCCAUCUGUUCUUCAGUCUCUCGCCAGCCAGGGAACUCUGCAGGUCCAGCUGUGUAGGGCAAAUGAAGACCCUGAACAUCCUCAUGCCAAUCAUGGCAGGUUUAGUCUCCAUGACUGGGGGUUGAGGGGGCAGUCAGCUCACUGUGUGUGUGGGCAGGGUGGGUAUCUCAUGCUUCCAGGACAUUCUCUCUAACGAUGGUAGGGUAAGUGCAAUCCCAAGCUGUUUAAAAUAAUCCCAGACUGCCUGGAGGCUUUGUCCAUAUUUUCUUAUUC